CACUGGACUAGAUGAUCUAAUAAUCUCUUCUGGCUUUAAAGACUCAAUCUCUGGUGGGGGAGGGGGUGGUACAGGAACAGCAUAGUUGGAUACUGUCAGAAAUAGGGUGCAGAGUUGGGGAGGGCCCUGUGAUGGGAAUAGCAGGGGGUGCUGCAGGGCAGGAUUGAGCAUUGGGUGAGUGAGGCAGGGGAAUCAGCCUCACUCCCAUGUAUGAUGUCCCUCCCCCAAGCUCUCUACUGUUGGUCUCAGGUGCCUUUAGCUCUGUGCUCCUCCCCCUCCCAGUGGCUGUGCAGUGCUGAUCUGAAAGCAGAAGUUGGGAGGGUCUCAUGACCCGCUGCCUCCCCACAGGAAGUGCCAAGCACAGGUGCAGCCACCAGGGUGGCAGGCAGGAGGCUCGGUGACUGUGACGAGGGCCCUUCCUUUCUGGGCGCUGGGGGAGUGGGUGGUGUUUUGGAGGAUCUGAAACCCCUGGGCUGGAGGUAGCUCCCUCUCUGUGGCUGGUCAGGUUGUGUUUUCCACGUGGGAAGGCUGCUGGGCUCUACUUGUGCUUCUGGUGCUAGCUGGUGAUCUGGCCAGCCCAUUGUGGAUACUCGUGGCAGCUGGUGGGAGAGCCUUCGGUGCUGCGGGGGCUGGGUCCGUGUCAUGCUGGUUGCUGGCGUGUGGGCACAGCAUCCCCAAAGCCCAGCUCCUGGCUGUUGGGUUUGAUUGGCUCAGCACAGGUCUUCAGAGUGUGAGUGCUGUAGGGCAGGGACUCCUUGGGGAGGAGGGGGGAGAACAGGGCUCUUCUCUACUUGGGAACCUGGGAUCCCUGCUGUCCUCCAGGGGAAGGGGAGUGAAGGCUGCAGGGUGGGCAGAGGCCUCUCUUGCCCUCUGAACUCUGGCUGCAGAGGUUUGAUUAUCUAAAAUCAUCUCUGUCUCUGGAGACUUUCCCUGCCAGCUCCCAACCAGAAGGAUCCGUUCUGGUUGGGUUCAGGGCAGUUGGCUGCUCCUCCCCGCCCACCUGCAGCUUGUUACUUAAGGCUGCACUUAAAGCAGCUGUUGAUCCGGUCUGAUUAACUCUGGGGCUCCGCCUGCUCCUGGUUCUAUAACCAGCCUUCUGAGACAGGAGGGCACUGGCUGACAGCAGUUGGCAGAGGCUGGUGGAGGUGCAGUCCCUGCUGCUGGAGUGAUGCCCACCUUCCAGUUCUUGCCCUUCUCGGCCCUGCUGGGCACCCUGGGGCUCCUGUGUGUGGUGUUCACAGGGUUCUGGUCCCAGCACUGGCGCGGAGGCUUUGCCUGGGAUGGCUCCGCCAAGAUGUUUAACUGGCACCCCAUCUGCAUGGUGACAGGCAUGCUGGUGCUGUAUGGGGCGGCGGUGCUGGUGUACCGGGUGCCCAGCUCCUGGGCGGGCCCCAAGCUCCCGUGGAAGCUGCUGCACGCAGCGCUGACCCUAGCAGCCUUUGUCCUGGUCGUGCUGGGGCUCGUCGCCGUCUUCGGGUUCCACAAUGCCCAGGGCACCCCCAACAUGUACUCGCUGCACAGCUGGCUGGGGCUGGCAGCUGUGCUGUUCUUCUCUUGCCAGUGGCUCAUGGGGUUCACUGCCUUCCUGUUACCCUGGUCUCCUGCCUGGCUGCGGAUCAUCUACAAGCCUGUUCACGUCUUCUUCGGCUCCACCAUCCUCGCGCUGGCCAUGGCAGCAUCCAUCUCCGGCAUCAACGAGAAGCUCUUCUUCAGCCUGACGAACAAGACGGUUCCCUACGCUAAACUCCCCCCUGAGGCCUGGUUCGCCAAUUCUCUGGGGAUGCUGAUCUUGGUCUUUGGGUUGCUGGUGUUGUGGGCUCUCGCCACGCCGGCCUGGAAGCGCCCAGAGUCAGAGUCACUGGAGGCCCGACAGCCCCUGCUCCAUUAGGACAAGUGAAGCAGCUGCCUGGAGGAGGAGCCGCUGCCCAGACUCUCCGAUGAGAAGGGCAGCUUGGUGCUCCUGCAGUUGGCGCUGAGCCAUCUCCGGAGCCUGGCCAGCACAGAGCCGAGGGGUGGAGGUGCUCUCCUUGCUCCCUCACCACCCGGCUGCUCUCCCGGAUCCCUGGCUCUUGCCACUCCCCUGCCUUCUGCUCUGGGUUCCUGCAUGUGCUGCUUCUUCCUGGGAUUCACCAGGCAGCCUUGGCCCCUCUUGCCAUUGUGCUGCUGUGCCUUAGGGGCCCUGGCUGACGCUACGGCCUAGAUCAAGUAGCCUGAACUAAAAUAAAAGCCUGCUUUGUGGCGCUUGCCCUGGCAUCGGCUCUGCAGGAGGCAGGGGCUGGUUGUGUGUAAGGAGCCUGUGCUGGCCGCUCAGCUGUAGCAGCGUGCAUGCGCCUGGGGCAUCAGUGUGCCAAGCUCCAGCCAGCUUCCCUUUCCCACUGCCAGCUUAGCACCCACUUCUGCUCUCUGGCGCUGUCCCCUGCUACCUUGGGAGAGUCUCUGCUAGGGCUCAGAGCUAGGGUGACGAGAUGUCCUGAUUUUAUAGGGACAGUCCCGAUUUUGUGGUCUUUUUCUUAUAUAGGUUCCUAUUACCCCCCACUCCCUGCCUUGGUUUUUCACACUUGCUGUCUGGUCAUCCUACUCAGAGCAUUUGCUCUCCAUGGGGUUUGCUUCCAGCCCUGGUCAUACUCCCUCUCCCUUGUCCCAGCUCUUUGAGUGGAGGAAGCAGUCACAUUUCCUCCUGCCAGGAGAGGGCUGCAGAGCAGGAAGCUGUUGUCCAUGCAUCGCUGUGAUGUGCAGGUUGGCUGGGGAGUCCGGCUGCAGUGCCUGACUGCCCUGGGGAUGCUAAGGUGGGAGGAGCUGUCCAGGGCCAUGCUGUUCACUCCUCUGCCCAGGAUCCACAGAUAAACUCUGUACUGAGCUUCUCUAACUAGUAAAACAGCUCAGGCUCGGAAUCCACUCACCUGCAGCUCUCCGUUUGGAUCUAGGCUGUAUUGCCGUCUCUGGUGCUGUAUCACAGCUCCACCCUGCACAGUCCUACACCAGGCUCCGGUCUGCCUUUCCUACCUCACCUGGGGUGUCUGGCUCUGGCCUCAGCUGCGCUGAGCCCUGAAAGCCACUCCAGCAAAAAUUUCCAAGUGAUUGGGCCUGGAGGCUCUCUAGUGCCUGGCCAAUUCACAGUCUUCAUGGCUGGCCUCUCCCAGGUCCCGGCUCAGUGCGGGCAGGCACCGUGAGCUGUAUCUCCUCCCAGUGCCUACGCGCUACCAUUGGCAUGACGUAAUUUGGGGGCUGUACAACAGACACUCACUGUCUGGUACCUGACCCAGCCAGCACUAAUGAAAAUGGACUCAUAGCUUACGCAUCCUUUGGUGGCAUCUGCCACAAGCUGCUCAGAAGCUUUGAGACAAGAUCCUGUCCAUUCUGGGCACUGGAUCUGCCGGGGUGGUGUGGGGUCCCCAUGAAGCAGAUACUUCACUCUGGUUUAAAGAUUCAUGUACAGGAUUAGGGCUAAAUUGUUCGCCAGGUAUUAAUCCCUCCCAUCCCCACAUGGUGUAACAGACAGGGACAUGGUGGGAAGGGUUCAGACCCCCCAGAGAAGGGCAGACAGGGAGUAUGGUUGACUCAAUGGGGAAUAUUUCCCCAUGACUGAUUGCAGGGGGGUGGGACGGGUGGCCCUUCCUAUCCUCUAUGGCUGUGCGUUCUGCUUCUCUGGGUGUGUGCUAUUGCGGUAGGUUGGGAGUGAGCCCACGUGGCUCAAGCUGAGAUCUUAGGAAGACACUGGAGGCUUCCUUAGAAGUGUUUCCAGAGAGAGGCAAUUAAAUGUAUUUGUUGUAUGUGAGAAGCUGCCCAGCCCAGGGGGUUUGAUAGCAUCCACACAGAGGCUCAGUACAUGCUACUGGAGAGGUGGAAUGCAGCUACAGCUGGUUGGAAUUUGAGUUUUCUGUCCCCUGGGAAAUUCUCAGACUUCCAAAUCUCUGGCUUUGUUCUGAGCUGGGAUGCUAAAUCGGUGGUGGGACUCCGUGUGACACACAGCACGGUGAGGAUUUCAGUUUGAUGGUCUCAACACCUUUUGAUGGGGCAAUGCUUCAGUUUGGCUUGUUAUCUAGAAGUGAAAUGUUUGACAGGGAUGAUUUCCCCCAAAUGUCCAGCUAACUCCAGGCAUUCCCCAAAAUGCAUUGACUGUAUCAAUCAGCUCUUUCUGAUGGAAAACUGUUUGUGGAAAAUGUCCAACCAGCUCUGUAGACAACCUUGAAAAAUCAGGUGGCCCUAGGCUGAAGGGAAAAAAGAGGCCAAAGCAGACAGUGGGAGCAAUUGGAGCAGCUGCCCCUGUACCCAGGAGAGGCAGGGUGCAAUCCAGCAUCAUCCCAUUGAGUACUGGGGCUUACGGGAAUGAAUUAGAGUGACUGUUGCAAAGAGAACUCAUGGGGUAUAGCCUGGACAUCUACCUAACUCCAGGGAAAGGAGCUGGCUGCUGAGUCCUUGCUAAGAGUUCAUGACUUAAAGCUCCAAACUGGGAAGUGUAUUUCCAUCCUGCUGUGUGUGUGUGUCUCUCUCUCUCUCAUAAGCUUGGCUGAAGUGUGUGGCUUCCCCCGGGCUUUGUCUCCUAGCUCUAGCAUUAGCCAUGUUAAUAUCUGGGGUACUUCUGAUGUCUUGCUGGGAAACCGUACAGCUGAAUAGGCUAUUUUGAAACGCUGGGGCCUCGGUGGUGGUACUACCCUUUGUUUAAUAAAUAGCACUGUUUUGGAA